CAAUUUGGGGAAGUAGAAUGAAUUAAUUCUAGAUUCCACUCCGUUAUAUUCCUAUUCUACCCUUUCAAUUUUCAGGGAAAGCAAGUUUUUAUUUACAGCGAUAAAGGCUAAACAAACUAUUGUUUCAGUUUCAAACUUGAAAUGGAAAAUGGAAAAGGAACUGACUCCCAUUCUGAAACUCUUAAAAAGUUUAAGCGAAAUGUUAAAGAUAUAUUGACACCUAUUGAUACUGAUCCAUAUUUGUUGAAAUGGUUAAAAGCUAAAAAUCACGACGUCAAAAAAGCAGAAGCAACUUUUAGAGAGAUGCACGCUUUUCGAGAAUUAUACUCGCUGGAUACAAUCUGUGAAACUUACACCAAACCAGAUAUAGCGGAGAAAUACGAGUAUACAGCUUUUCUAGGUUACGCAAAAGACGGUUCGAUUAUCCGGUACAAUCCGCUUGGUAAAGGAGAUCAUUACGGUUUUAUUGCUUCUAUGUCAGCUUAUCAACUUGGUUACUACGGUUGUCAUAUAAUGGAAGAAGAUCUCAAAAGACAACGGAUGCGGGCAAAAAUGACUGGAAAAAAUGUGACUGAAAUCACAUACAUAUUCGAUUUAGCAGGAUUGGCCUUACACGAUAUUUUACAUAAGUGUGUUUAUGAAAUGGGGCUUGAUCUUGGUCUCUUAGUUCAAGAAUAUUAUCCCGAAAUAUGGGGUAACAUAUUUUUUAUCAAUGUUCCUCCCUAUUUUGAUACAAUUUUCAACAUGUUCAAGCCUAUGAUGAGAAUGAGCGUUAUACAAAAAAUUCAAGUACUUUCAAGAGAAUCGACAGGCGAAGUAUUACUCCAGUACAUUGAUGAAGAUGUUCUGCCAGUUUUUCUCGGAGGAAAAAGAGUGGAUUCGACGGGAAACCCCAAAUGCAGCGAGUUCUUGAGGUUUGGUGGAAGAGUACCAGAGAAGUAUUACCUGUGCAAUCAAUCAUCAUGUGACCUGCAGCCGAAUGAUGUGGGUGUGAAGGAUGUGUGGUUGAGGGCGAGAAAGGUCUAUAACCAUUCAGUUGUGGUGACGAAGCCGAACACGUCAAUUCGAGUUCAGCUGAGGACGGAGAAUGGAAGCAUCCACAUGUCCAUCUAUUACAGAAAAUUUGACACCACCGAUAUCAGUGAGUUGGACAUCCCAUCUGAGAGUGAGCACCUUGAUGAAAAGGACCAGAAAUGCAGAGUGACCAAGAUCAGCCCUUCCAUGAGAGUACAAAGUCACAUGUCACCCAUCAACGAUUUCAAUGUAGCACCACAUCCAGGAAUAUAUAUCUAUCGCUUCAAUAAUUCUCACAGCUGGUUUGCAUCGAGGCGCCUCAUCUUCCGCGUUCAAGUCAUCGAGAACGACUCCUCCUGAUAGAAACUUUCUUACGUGUUAUUCAAAUGCACGGUUUUGCUCUUCCCUUCUUUGUGAUACAUUUAUAUAUUAAUAAUUAGGCAUAAUUUAAUGUUUAAUAGCUAUAUUUAAAUUAAUGAUCGCUAGGGCUGGACCCAAUUGGGGAUUUUAAAAGAAGAAAAAAAUCGCUGUUAAGCCUUUUUCUUAAAAAAGCUAUUUCUAUGUGAUAUAAAAAACAAAUCAAAUUUAUGUCAUAUUUGUAAGACAGUUAUGAAUAUUUUUUUCAAUCUUUAAAGAGUGAUUUAUUUGUUUACCAUAUCCAACAAAAUAUCAUUAACCCACCUGCUUUCAGAAGUUUUUUAAAGUCAAAUAUGUUCAGUUACCUUCAAAUAAUCAUAAAAAUCUUGAUCCUUUUAUUUUUCAUGGGACAGAACUUAAAUGCAGCUUUAAGUUAAAUGGAAUUGUUAUUUUAAUUCUCUGCACUCGAGAGUUUCCUUUUUUUUGCUACCAGCUGUACCACUCUAAAUGUUAAAAUAUUUAUGCUUAGUAAUUAUUUUAUUCAGUUGUGUAAAUAUGGAGUUAUAUUUUGUAAACCAUAAGUGAUUAUAUCAACUGUCAAUCAAUUGAAAGAAGUUUCAGUGCAAAAAGUUAAAAUUAAAGGGUAUAGAGAAGAAGAAAAAAAAAGGGGGUGGGGGAAAUCUAGUUUCCUUUUUUUAUCUCUCUCCUUAAUUAUUUCAAAUUAAGAAAAACGAGAAAAAGGUAUGUAAAAUUGUUGUGUUUGAAAUUAAAUUGCAUUGUUUGUAAAUCAUAUGUUGUAUUUUAAAGUGUAGUUUGUACUAACGUAUGUAAUAA